UGGAAAAAGAUGAUGAUAUUGCAUUGGAAAGGAUUAAAGAAGAAAUGCAAGAGACACCUAAAAUUAAUAGUCGGCUUGCCCAAAACAUAUAUGAUUUCACUAUGAUAGAGCUCAAACAAAAGGUCCCUAAAGUAAAUGAACUAUUUGUAGCGGGGAGGAUGGCUUACAUAUUUGAACUUGCUGAUGAGAUGGGCGGAUAUGGGGAUCCUUUCGCCAUUCCGACAACUGUUAUUCGUAGUAAGGCUGAUGUAAGUGAUUCUGCGGGGGUUGAUAAGUCUACAAAUGAUCUUGUCAUCGAAAAAAUAUCUCGAGUAAUGGCUUAUAUGCGAAAAGGUGAACGAGCUAGUGGUGUAGAUGUCAAAGAUAAAAAGCUUAAGAAAAGACAUAGAGAGAAACAACCUGCGGAAGUUACAAUGGUGAAACUUGCUGCUAUUGACGAUUCCGAAGAUAUAUUCGCAGAUGCAGGAAGAGAUUAUAAAGUUAUGAUCGAAAAUGAUAAUGCUGUAGAUAAGAAAGAUGUUACACCGUUACCCACAGAUUCUUCAAUUAGCACUAAUGUUGAAAAGUCAAAUGAUUAUUUUAGUACAAAUUCACAGGAAAUAGAGGGUGAAUCGAUGGAGAUUGACAAACCGCAAGAAAAUCAAACUUUAAAAACUUUAAUACAUCAAGCAGCGGCGGCAAACGGUGUCAAAAAUAUAGAUGAGACAUUAACUACUGAACUUGGUACAGAUAAUUAUAAAUCUUCAAAAAGAGAUGGUAUUAAAAAGAGGUUAUUUGGGCAAGAUAGCUACGAAGGAGACUAUUCAACAUAUGGACUUGGAGUUAGUAGUUUAACAGGUACACGAGAAAGUGCUUACGAUUCUGGGCAUUCAGAUUCAGAUUCAGAUGGCACUGGCGUUGAGCAUACUAUCCGAGAUCAAGGGGUUACCAAGAAUAAAAAGGCCCAAUUAUCAAGGUGGGAUUUUGACACCGAAGAGGAAUGGCAAGCUUAUAAGGACAAUGUAACUGCGAUGCCAAAAUCGGCGUUCCAAUUUGGGGUUAAAACAGGUGAUGGUCGUAAAACUCGAAGAAGUGGUAGGGAGUUGACAGAAAAGCAAAAAUUGGAUAGAGAUUGGCAAAAGAUUAGUAGAAUAAUGGAGCAAAAAUAUGGAACUGAAGAAGGUGAAGAAG